AUGCCCGUACCCGAUGAUAAAAUCAAUGCUUUCUUGGCCAACGAACUCAAUUACGUCCAGAUCAAAUAUUUGGGAAAGGGCUGUUUCGGAAAUGUGUCGGUUGUCCGAAGCAAAAUAGAGAGGAAUCCCAAGAACAUAGUGAUGAAACGAGUCUGUAAACUUGAGCCGGGGUAUAAAGAUGAAAUUGAAAUUCAUGAAGAUCUGAGCAAAGGAAAACACUCUCACAUCAUUGAAAUGUAUUCUGCCGAAAUCCUCCCCAAACAUGCCGUCAUUAUGAUGGAAUGCGCAGAAGACGGAAACCUGAGAGAUCUCAUCAGGUGUUGUUUGGAUUUGAAUACGAUUCAACUGUAUUUCAAGCAAAUGGUUUUUGGAUUACAAUACAUUCACAGCAAGGGAUACUGUCACAGAGAUAUUAAGGCAGAAAAUUUGCUGUUGUGCAAUGGAGUUAUCAAAAUUGCGGACUUCGGACUAGCUUGCUCGUAUAGGGAUGCUAAGGGAAUAAAAAAAGUAUCCGGUGGAAAUGGAACUCGAAAAACAGCUGCUCCAGAAAAUUGGGUGGAAGAGAAAGUCGAUGGACCCGCUCUUGAUAUUUGGUCGGUUGGGAUUGUUCUAAUCGACAUGGUGACCGCUACCCCAUGGGCAAUUGCAAAUCCUUCGGAAGACCAAGCUUUCGCCAAAUACUCUAAAAAUCCAAAAAAAUGGACAUGCGACGCUUUCCAAGUUAUUGAGGCGAAGGACAAAAAAUUAAUGAAACUUGUCCGGAGUAUUCUGAAGUGUAAUCCAGGUGAACGACCAACAUUGGAGAAAAUUAUUCAAAAUGAGUGGUGCCAAAAGGCUGAUUGGGAUGAGGAAAAGCAAGGUGAUAUGAUUCAAGAUGAAAACCAAGAUGUUGCAAAAGUGCGUCUGCCAGUUGGAUCCGCUCCAGUCAAAAAACGGACAUACGAACAGAAAUUCGAAGAAGAGCUCAUGGCCUUGCCAGCCAAACGGGGAAGACGGCAGAAGAAAGUUUUUGAGUAUUUUCACGAUUUCAUGUUUUAG